UGUAUCCGAGUCCACCAUCGGAUAUGCUGUAGUCACUCGUCCCUCUUAAUGUGGAUCAUGGGAAACCAUGAAUAUCGAAUAUCCUCAAUGCCAGUUUCCAUCUCGGUCUCCUAGACACUUUUCUCGACUCUUCAUAAUUCAACACCAUACGAACAACCAACAAAGGAAUUCCACACAACGCAAAUAAUUCUGCAAACAUGUCAUUCCCCACGACCAUUAUGUCCGACGCUACAUACAGCAAGAAACUCGCUCGGUUAAGAGAUCGAUCACUAGCCCCGCGUGAAGUGCGCAGCAUCACUGCAGAACUCUCGUCAAUUCUUGCUGGAACCGCAAUUGAGCCUGCUUCACCCACAGAACAAGUCGCAGUCUUCAUCGUUCUGCGUUCGGGAAUGGCAAUGUCGGAUGCCUUCCUCAACCAAUUCCCUGAAGAUGUCAACACCGUGGUGUAUCAUUUGGGCCUUUUCAGGGAUCGCAAGACCUUGCAGCCUGUCGAAUACUACAACAAGCUCGGCCCCAAGUCACCAAAGGUCAAACACGGCUACAUCUUGGACCCCCUCAUGGCCACUGGUGGCACAGCUGAGGCUGCCAUCAGCAUCGUCAAGGACUGGGGUCUGGAGAAGAUCACAUUCGUCUCCAUUCUAGCUAGCGAGGCUGGACUGGCCAAGGUCCAGAAGGUGUGGCCAGAAGGUGUUAGAGUGGUGGUAGGCGCGGUGGACAAGGAAUUGGACAGCCACGGAUAUGUGAAGCCUGGUUUGGGGGAUAUUGGAGACCGACUGUACGGAACUCAACUGUUGUAGUCCUUUGCUUGGGUUAGAUGGUCGCCAAGCCCAGUUUAAGCUGCUGUCCAUAUAUGAAGCUCUUGAUAGUCAAUGAUAUGUUUUCGCACUACGUA